AUGGCCUCGCCGAUUUCCAAACACAAAGCAUCCAAGCAGGCGUGUGACAAUUGCCGCCGUCGCAAAAUCAAAUGUUCGCGCGAACUGCCGUGCGACAAAUGUCAGCGUCUCCUUCUCUCCUGCUCCUACAGUGACAUCCUUCGCCGCAAGGGUCCCAAGUUCCGUACUCUGUAUCCGCUAGCCCCCAUUCACCCGCUCCGAUCGCGACACGGAGAGGAUGUCCAGUAUGGGCAACCCCCUUACGCGGUCGAGAAGGAAUGGCCCGCAGACACGAUGGGCUACCCGAUCGAAGGGUCGCCGACGUCGCCCCCCUUCCCGAUCACCGACUUUCAUUAUCCCGCGGCGGAAUUUACCGAUUCUUUCACUCAGCUCCCACCACCGGAGCUGGUCUCCUCUCCGGACUCGACGAAUUCGCUGUCGGGAUCAUUUUCUGGGUUCCCCUCCCCUUACCCGCGACGACUGACCGCGCCGGUUCUAUUGGCGCAUAUCAAUGUGUAUCUUAAGUAUCUGUUUCCAAUCAUGCCAGUCGUGCGCAAGGAGCCGCUGCAGCAGGACUGCCACCAGCCGGAACGCCUGACGGCUUCGCGCUAUGCGUUCCUCGCCUCACUCUGUGCAGCGACGCACAUCCAGCUCAAACUGGAUGGUGCCACUCCCGUAUCCGGUCCAUCUCUUAUGCACAUGGGCCUUGACGGCCCCUCGGCGAUGUCGGGAGAGGAGCUCCUGGCGGAGGCGGUCCGAGCCCGGAAGGACUGCGACGUGGUGGAUGAGAUGACCGUUGAGAAUCUCCUUACCUCGUUCUUCCUAUUUGCCGCGUACGGAAAUCUGGACAAGCAGGACCACGCGUGGUUUUACCUCUGUCAAGCGACCUCCAUGGUUUUCACUCUGGGCCUCCACCGGGAGUCUACUUACUCCGAGAUGAAUGUCGAAGAGGCUGAAGAAAAUCGACGGAUUUUCUGGUUGUUGUUUGUCACCGAACGAGGCUACGCACUUCAACAGGCGAAGCCCGUCAUGCUCCGCAACUCCAUUCAUAAACCGCAGGUUCUCUGCUCCGAAGACCCAAUCCUCGCCUACGGUUUCAUCAACCUCAUUAGCGUCUUCGAGAAACUCACGGUCAAUCUCUACGACUGGGUCUCGGCAGGCGCUGGCGGUAACGUUGAUGGAAAUAGCAACACUGGCGGUGGCAUGCCCCCGACCUCAUCCAUCCAGUCCAGCCUCGCCAAGUCGGUCUCGCUAGAGGGUGUCUCGGAAAUCCAGAAGGUCGACAUUCUCAUCACACAGCAAUGGCUCCAGGCCAUGAUGUGGAAGUUGUCCAUGGCGCGCGCAACGCAGCCCGGUGGCAUGCUGCGCGACCAUGACGGAGUCCUCCCCUUUCACCUACCGGUCCUAGUGGGUAAGGCUGUCAUGGGAGUGAUCGGCGCGGCCUCUCAGGGCGCGGUGGAUGCUCACGGCAUUGGAAUGGAACAAAAACUCUUCGACCUUGGCACCUCCGUGGCGGACGUUUCCCGCUCACUUAGCCCUAAGGCCUCAAGCCGUCUCUCCCAAUCUGCCGUUGACCCACGCCAACUCCUCUGGGGCAUUCUCACUACGCUGUCACGGAUCCGUGGGUCGCAGUCCCACCUCCUGCCGGUGCUGUUAGAACGAAGCAGCGGGGUGUUGGGCAUGGCCGGAAGCGGACCUCUCGCCACUAGUAGCUUUCUGAUGGAUCCUCCAGCAGACACUACGCCUACGGACAACACACCCACGCCAUGGGACAAGGUUGAGCAUCAACAGCCGCAGCAGCAACAACAACAGCAAGAAUCACAUCAAUGGGAACUAGACCCUGACCUCGACCUCGAUCUCGACCUCAAUACAGUCGAUGUUGGGCUCAGACUUGCCGACGAACACGGUCCUAACAGCACAGCCACUGUCGCUGCCAACACGGUCGAAACCAACAAUAAUGGCAAUGAACCUGACCUGCCGCAACCCUCCAAUGCAGUGCAUAUGGUAGCGGACCACGUCCCAUUCCGCAACAUGCACCAUAAUCCGGAAUUCCCGCCCUUCCGCUGGAAAGAACAGCCAGCACACUGA